AUGGCCACCGAUGGUCUGGAUGCGCUGGCCGAAGGCUCGCACUAUGCUAUGCAGCAGCUACAACAGCAGCAACAGCAACAGAACGGCGGUGGAACGAACAGCCAGCAAAGGCCGAGCUCGAAUCACACGAAUGGCAAUGGAAGUGGUCGGUCUGCGAGUGGGACAAAUCAACCUGUGCGCAAGCGGAUAAGCCGAGCGUGCGACCAGUGCAAUCAGCUGCGGACCAAGUGCGACGGCAAGACACCCUGUGCACAUUGUGUUGAGUUCGCGCUCACUUGCGAGUAUGCCCGCGAGCGCAAGAAGAGAGGGAAGGCGUCCAGGAAGGAUGUCGCAGCACAGCAAGCGGCCGCAGCGGCGGCGGGAGAUGGCACCGACAACAGUCCAACGUCGGCCAACGAGCACUCGGAGGGAGCACCUUUGAGUGAGUCAAAGUCAGAAAUGCGGUCCGGCGUGAAGCGAAGACGGUCGAGCGCAACAGGCUUCGAGCCGACGGGCGGAAGCAUCACUGCAGGUGGCCUUGGAGACGCGAACGGUGGAGACAGAGCGGUGCAGCGAAUCAACUCACUGGAGCAGCCGUCGGCUGUGGGCAGCCUGCCUGCACCAAGGGUCCCGGUCGCUCCAAUGCAGGAACGGGGGAUGUCGAUGGGCAUCAGCGACUACGGUAGCAUUGACGACUACCACCGUAGUAUCUUGCAUCAUGGAUCGAUGGUCUCCGGGCAGAACAUUCUCCACACUGGACCGAACCCGAUGCCACAUUCGAUGCUACAAGGGGGCACCAUAACAGGCUAUGGAGAGAGUCCGUACAACAUAGCAUCUCCGGGCAGUCAACAGGGCAUCAAUCAGCCGUACCAACUUGGCGGUGGCGGAUCUCCGCUCUCAGCCAACUUCUUGCGACAAUCGCCCGCAGCCGGCUCGCCUGGCUGGCUUUCACUGCCUUCACCAUCCGCGGCGCUGUACCCUCCCCUACAGCAGAUGCCGCCUUCAAAUCAGACGCUUCGAUAUCCUGUUCUACGACCACUACUUCCUCACAUCUCGGCCAUCAUACCAAUCGGACUCGCAUGCGACCUGCUUGACCUCUAUUUUCAGAGCGCAUCAUCCGUGUUCAUGCAACCGCACUCGCCCUACGUGCUCGGCUACCUGUUCCGCAAGAAGUCAUUCUUGCGACAGAACAAUCCUCGCACGUGCAGUCCCGCACUUUUGGCGAGCAUGCUAUGGGUAGCUGCACAAACCAGCGAAUCGGCAUUCCUCACUUCCUCUCCAUCUGCCCGCGGUAAGAUCUGUCAGAAAUUGCUUGAGCUUGCUGUAGGACUGCUCAAACCACUUAUUCACACUCCAUUGGACGGCCAGCAGUAUGGAGGAAAUUCAGUUAUCAACGGAGUUGCGCUGGGCGGAUUUGGAGUGGCAUUGCCUGGGCAGUCUCACGAAAGUGAAGGCGGCUCUCCCGGAGCGAGCGCUGCGCUUGACGAUGUCGCGACAUAUCUCCACCUCGCCACGGUGGUAUCCGCAAGUGAAUACAAGGCUGCGAGUUUGCGAUGGUGGAAUGCUGCGUGGUCACUUGCAAGAGAGCUGAAGCUCGGUCGCGAGCUGCCACCUAACCCAGAACGCCAUAAUCCCGACGGGCCAGAAGCUGAGGCGGAGGCCACUGGUGAAGCCGGCCCACACCGCUCAGGAGGUCUGGGCUCGAACCAGCCUGGAUUCGUGACAGAAGAGGAGCGCGAAGAGCGAAGAAGAAUAUGGUGGCUGUUAUACAUGGUGGACAGACAUCUAGCAAUCUGCUACAACCGUCCUCUGUUCCUUCUGGACAUCGAAUGCGACGGUCUACUGCAACCCGACAACGAAGCAAGCUGGCAAGCCGGUGAUCACUACCCAAGCGAGAACCACGCCGAGACUGCAUUCUAUCGGCGACGCGGACCAAGCUUCGACUGCAGCGGCCACAGUCUGUACGGUUUCUUCCUACCACUCAUGACAAUCCUCGGCGAAAUCAUCGACCUAAAUCACGCCCGUAAUCAUCCUCGCUUCGGUCUACGCUUCAAGAACAGCACCGACUGGGACGACCAAGUCAACGAGAUCUCCAAUCAGCUCGAAGCCUACGGCCAAAGCCUGCAAGACUUUGCCGCGAGAAAUCUCAAUCCUCCCGAUCCGAAACAGGCAUCAGGCGAUGGCACGAAUGGUAAUGACGCGACCACCAGUCCUCGCUCGGCCAAUACCUCCACCUCCAACCCGAAUCGCCUGACGGAGUCCGCUCUGCAGACGAAAAUCAUCCUCGCGUAUGGCACUCAUCUGAUGCACACGAUGCAUAUCCUCCUCAAUGGCAAAUGGGAUCCGAUAUCUCUCCUCGAUGACAACGACUUGUGGAUAUCAUCCCAGUCGUUCAUCUCUGCGACGGGCCAUGCCGUGUCUGCCGCGGAGGCCAUCAAUGAGAUUCUCGAGUAUGAUCCGGAUCUCAGCUUCAUGCCGUUUUUCUUCGGCAUCUAUCUCCUGCAGGGAAGCUUCUUGCUGCUGUUAAUCGCGGACAAGUUGCAAGCUGAAGCGAGUCAGAGUGUGGUCAAGGCUUGCGAGACGAUUGUGAGGGCGCACGAGGCGUGUGUCGUGACACUGAACACGGAGUAUCAGCGCAAUUUCCGUAAAGUCAUGCGCUCCGCAUUGGCGCAGGUUCGUGGUCGACAUGAGGAUUUCGGGGAGUUGAGACGAAGGGAGGUUUUGGCUUUGUACCGAUGGACGGGCGAUGGGACGGGGUUGGCGUUGUGA